AUGGUAUCAUCCACCACCACAAACAAAAAGAAGACACCUCCAAGGCUGAGUGCUGAGGAUUACAUGAUCCGCAGCAAGGCAUUGGAUUUACUCCAGACGGUGGACCAUCAAAUUGUGUAUGAGAAUGAUUAUGAUGACGAUGAUGGUGACAAUUCGGAUUUCUCAUGGAUUACGCCAGAAGAACAACCCAUUUCUUAUCAACAUUCUUCAGCUGUACCCGUCAUUGAACGAAAACAGCAGCAACGACAUCCCGCUAGAAUCAUGGGAGCAUCACAAGAUCAAUGGAUUGAUAUUUUCGUGCCAGCCGUCAGUUGCAUUUCCAAUGCCUGCAAGUUGGGUGUCUCUAGCAUGGUGAAGCAAACCAAGGAUGGAUUUCAUGUCAUUCAGAAUGAUCUUCGAGAAAGAAGACUGGAUCGAGCAAAUGUAAAGAAAAAGAAGGAUCCGUCAUCCCAUCGACCACAGCGGAAUAUUAGACGAAAUGAUUCGUUUCAUCGUCAACGAGCAGGAUAUCCCGAGAUCCUAGAGACAAGGAGAGGCACUGCUGGUCAGCAGACAGCGGAACGCUAUUCUGCCAGAGGAUAUGUAGAAGACGAAGAUAUUCUUUGUUACCAUCCUGGUGAAUGGAGGCCUCAAGGCUUGUUGUUUGUUCCAGGAGAAGACCUUCGGCAGCAUCAAUAUGAUGAUGUCAGUCUUAUGACGGCAGAGGAUCACAAUGACUCUACCAAGAAAUGUUUAGGAUUUUGUCCAGUAGUAUAA